AUGGCUCCCCUGACGGCCGCGAUGCGGUCGACUCCCAAAAUCAUCGCCUUGAACACCUUUGCCUUUCAGCGACGGGCUAUCUCGGACGUGACCAUCACCCGCACUGGCAAGCCCAUUAUCCGUAACCAGGGUGGCCGCUCCUCCCUCGGUGGACAUACCGCGACAGUCUUCGGUGCGACGGGCCAGCUUGGUCGCUACAUUGUCAACAGACUAGCGAGACAAGGAUGCACCGUCAUCAUUCCCUUCCGCGACGAGUACAACAAGCGCCAUCUGAAAGUUACGGGUGAUUUGGGCAAGGUCGUCAUGAUAGAGUUCGACCUGCGCAACACCCAAUCCAUCGAGGAGAGCGUCAGACACUCGGAUGUCGUCUACAACCUGAUCGGUCGCGAUUAUCCGACCAAGAACUUCUCGUUCGAGGACGUCCACAUCGAGGGUGCUGAGCGCAUCGCCGAAGCUGUCGCCAAGUACGAUGUCGACCGCUUCAUCCACGUCUCGUCUUACAAUGCCGACCCCAAGUCGGCGUCCGAGUUCUUCGCUACCAAGGCGCGGGGUGAGCAUGUAGUCAGGAGCAUUUUCCCCGAGGCCACCAUUGUCCGACCGGCUCCCAUGUUUGGCUUCGAGGACAGGUUGCUUCAUAAGCUUGCCAGCGUCAAGAAUAUUCUGACAUCCAACUGGAUGCAAGAGAAGUACAACCCUGUUCACGUGAUCGACGUUGGCCAGGCUCUUGAACAGAUGCUCUUCGACGAUAACACUGCUUCCGAGACCUUUGAACUUUACGGCCCCAAGACCUACUCUACCGCUGAGAUCUCCGAGAUGGUUGACCGCGAAAUCUACAAGAAGCGGCGCCACGUCAAUGUGCCCAAGAGGAUUCUCAAGCCGAUUGCUGGUGUUGUGAACAAGGCCCUCUGGUGGCCCAUCAUGUCUGCCGAUGAGAUUGAGCGUGAGUUCCACGACCAGGUCAUCGAUCCGUCGGCCAAGACCUUCAAGGACCUCGGCAUCGAGCCUGCAGAUAUCGCCAAUUUCACCUACCAUUACUUGCAAAGUUAUCGCAGCAACGCCUACUACGACCUUCCUCCAGCCACCGAAAAGGAAAAGAGGGAGGACAAGGAGUAUAUUCACGUGCUUUAA